UCUCUUUCUCAUGUCAACAUGAGCUGACGAACAGCUGAACUCCAGGACUGCACAGAAGCGAGACAGAAGACAAGGAUAAUUUCACUAACCUUGGAGAAGACCAGCAUUUCAACAGCAUGGGCUCUGGCCAGAGCAGUGACAAGUUCCACUGUAACCGCUAUCUGAACGGACAGGGUCCCCCAUCACUGGUGCAACAAGGUCCUUCAUCUAAUGAAGGGGUGAAUGGGAUGCACGAUGCAGUGAAUGGCUGCCAGCCAGAGGGCCAGAUGACCUGGGUGAUCCUCCACAGAGACCUGCCAGGGUUCCCUGAUGACAAUACUCUUCAGAUCAACUACAUAUUCGCAGAUGGAAUACAGACAGAGAAACACCCUCACCCUGGCCAGCCUUACGCAGGGCUGCGGCUCUGUGCAUACCUGCCUGACAACCGUGAGGGCCGCAGGAUUCUCAAGCUGCUGGACAAGGCCUUCAACCAGCAGAUCCUGUUUUCUGUUGCCACCAAUCAAGACGGGGAGGACGUGGUCACUACAGCUUCCAUCCCCCUAAAAACACAAGCAGACGGGGGAAGCAGCGCUGAUGGCUACCCAGACGCUGACUACCUUAAGACUGUGAGAAAGCUACUGAAGGACAAAGGCAUUGAAUAACAACCACACACUUCUGGCUCAACAAAUGAAGGCAGAGCCAGGGAACCUGUGCCAUAAAUAACUAGAACCUGUCUGUUAUAAAAAAGGUACUUCGA